CGGUUGGGCGUCCUGCCUUGUUUCCUGCCCAGCUCCGCCAUGGAUUUCGUAGAUUCUGUGGAUUCUGUGGAUGUGGUCAGGAUCCGAUGGCAGAAGGCUCGCGGCUAUCCUAUGUGUGAUGCGGCCAGGCAUAGCCUGGCUGUGCGACUGGAUGGUGCCACCUUGGAGCCUGCCGACAUUUCGAUUUGGAGCGAGGGCCCCGAAGAUGCCGUUCCGCUUGAGUUCCUUUUUGCCGGUGCCCCGAGUGACUGUGAUGAGCAGCGCCUGGGAGAUGCCCUGAGAACGGCUGUGGAAGAGCGUCUCCAGGCAGAAGCGAGGGCCGAGUUCCGAUCGCAACUGAAACGGCGCCAAGAGUCUUCUCUACGGAGACGCAAAAGCAAUUCAGCAGAAGAGGGAGAUGCUGCUGAGGAGAAGUGGCGGAGUUAUUUGCAAAAACCCGCGCCGGAGGUGAAAUUGAAAGUCCACAAAGUCUUUGACGCUGGGACGCGGAUGCGGAAGGUCAUGGGCUGCCGGGUUUCGUUGUCACCGGAGGCAGCACAGGAGCUGGGGAAGAUCUGCUUCCGCCAUGUUUUCGAAAGCGAGGAGGAGGAGAGGGAGAGACUACAACGACUCAAGUGGUAUGAGGAUCCCUUUCUGACAUGCUUCUAUGGCUGUUCUUGCGUCUUGAUUUUGGUCGUUGUGCUAUGGCUUUGCAUGUUGCUACCUGCUGUCUUUCGCCAUUUCUGAGACAUCGACAUGUCGGCUCAUGAGAUUUAGCAAUGCAGUGCGUAUGCAGUGCCGAUGCAGCCUCGGUGUGAACUCUUUAAGGCUUUGCUACUUGCUUUGCGAAGUUCUUUGCUUCAAAAUUUUCGGAGAGAUGUGAUUAGAAAUGUGAG